CGCGAUCGAACAAUCGAUAAUCGACAUCAAGUGAGGCGAUCGAUAAACGUUGUUGUUGUCUUUUUAUACCCAAACGUUAGGGAGAAAUUCGCAAACAUUUUUUACCGGAAGAGAAAAAAGAAAUCAAAUCAAAAGAAAAUGAACUUAAAUCUGUGCGCUAUAGCGCUGCUGCUGUUUGGGAGCCUUGCGGUUGCCCACAGUCGUGCUGUCCUGGACACAGUGGACACUCUCGAUGAUGGCAAUGAGGCCGACAACUCCAUUGAGGCCGAGGAGGAGACGCCGCGUGCCAAGCAGCGCAAUCGUGGCGGACCCUUCGAGGAGGAGUGGCUGAAAUUCACCAAGACACCGCCCACAAAGCUGCAGCAGACACCGGGCGCCACCAUUGAGAUCGCCUGCGAGAUCAUGGGCUCCCAGGUGCCCAGCAUUCAGUGGAUGGUCGGACGUCAGCCUCUCUCGGAGGUCGAGAACCUCGACUCGAAUGCCGUCUCCGAGGAUGCACCUACGGCGAUCGUGCGUGUUCGUUCCGUGCACGUGAUCGAUUAUAUGCUGAGUGCGCCGAGAAUCUACACGUGUGUUGGCAAGACCGGCUCCAAGACGAUCUAUGCCAGUACCACGGUGCAUCCGUCGCACACGGAUGAGGGAUUGGCCGGCAUGAUCGUGCCGGAGAAACCGUAUCAGGGUGCACAUAAGCCCCGCAUCACCUACACCCAGAAGACGCAUCUGGAUCUGAUGGGAUCAAGCAUUAUGCUGCCCUGCAAGGUGCACGCUCGUCCCCAUGCCAAGAUCACCUGGCGCAACAACGAGGACAAGGAGAUCGUGCAGUCGGAACGCUUCCGGGUCCUGCCCAGCGGUGAUCUGCUCAUCUCCAAUCUCAAGUGGGAGGAUAUGGGCAACUACAAGUGCAUAGCGCACAAUGCCGUUGGCCGCGACUCGGCCGAUACCUUCGUCUACCCCGUACUUAAGGAAGACUAAAGAUUCCACCACAAGGCUAUUGGAUUGACACAACAAUUUUUAGUUAGUUAGAUAGAUCAAAUGCCUUUGAAGAUGCGUGCAAAGAAAAUACCAUAAGAAAAAGACACACAAAACAAAAAAAAGAAGAAAAUC